ACUCCAGGAGAGGGGGACGAAUGUCCCAGGCCCUCGCUGGCUCAUGGGAAAGUGGCAUCCACGGAAACAGGACCAAGGGAUGGGGGAGGGGGUGCCACAGCCCAGGCCAUGGUGAUGAAUGCCCGUCCCACGGUUCCUAAUUUCCUGGGGCUUAAUCACUUGUAUUGUCUUUGGCAGGUGAGGAGGCAGGGAGUGGGUGAGAAGAAGACUCCUGGACAGCCUGAGACCAGGAGUGAAGCAGGAAUAACCCAUCCUCCCCGCCUCCCCAGCAAGGAAACCUUGUCUACAAUCAGGAGCAGCCAAGCAGGACUGCCCCCCACCCCCAGCCCCAAGCAUCUCCCAAAGAAGGCAUGUGGGGCCUGACAGCUCAGCCGCGCCUGCCAGCAGCUCCGGCCCCUCGGUGAACAUCUGAACUCCUCAGCGGGGUAAUGGACCCCCUCCUUCCCCCUGGAGACACAGCCUGAGUGGCAGGAAUACCGAUUCUUUGCAGAGUGGCUCCCUCUCAGUUCUGUCACGCAAGAACGCUCUCUGCACCGAGCCUAUUCUGCCAAGUGACUUAAAGGGAUUAAAAAAAAAGAAAGAAAAAAAGAAAGAAAAAACCUUGGUAAAGAAAAAGGGGGUAAAAGCUACGCAGAGCCCUUUCAGAGGAGUUGGCUGCCUACAGACAAAGGGGCGAGAGUUGAAAGAGGGCCGUGGAAGUACCAAGCGACAAGAGGCCACCCUCCCCGGGCAUGGGCACCGGGUCAUAGGGCAUGCCCGGGAAGCAGGGGGUCAGAACACCCUUGGGCGGUGGUCCAGAGUCCUGGGGUGGCGGGGGGUGCUCCUGUGCACCCGGCACAGACCCCCCUCAUUCCGGUGGGAGAAGCCAUAAGCACCUGUGGCCUAAGGUGCCAAAGAUGCUGCUUGGGACCUGGAGCCUCAUCUGAACACGAGGAGCCUGGGAGACCAAAGCACAGGGCCCUCUCCUGGUGCUUGGGGGGUGCCCAGUGCCUCCCAGCACCCGAGGUCUGCACCCUGAGUGGAGCAUCACGAGGCCUCCUGCGUCCUCAGGGCCUGGGUGACAGCAGCCUGGACCCACGACUUCCUGAGGCUCAUCAGCAGGGACAGUGACCCCCAUAGGACCCAGCAGGCUCAAGGGCUGCAACGCGAAGGAGGUGUUGAGGCUCCAGGUCAGGUGGAUCGGGCUGCCUCAUCCGUCCACGAUGGUGGCGGCACACCCCUCUACCACCACCACCACCACGCCCACUACCACCGUCACGGCCACCGUCGUGAUGACCACGGCGACCAUGGACCUGCGGGACUGGCUGUUCCUCUGCUACGGGCUCAUCGCCUUCCUGACGGAAGUCAUCGACAGCACCACCUGCCCCUCGGUGUGCCGCUGUGACAACGGCUUCAUCUACUGCAAUGACCGGGGGCUCACCUCCAUCCCUGCGGACAUCCCCGAUGACGCCACCACCCUCUACCUGCAGAACAACCAGAUCAACAACGCCGGCAUCCCCCAGGACCUCAAGACCAAGGUCAACGUGCAGGUCAUCUACCUGUACGAGAACGACCUGGAUGAGUUCCCCAUCAACCUGCCCCGUUCCCUGCGGGAGCUGCACUUGCAGGACAACAACGUGCGCACCAUCGCCAGGGACUCGCUGGCCCGCAUCCCGCUGCUGGAGAAGCUGCACCUGGAUGACAACUCUGUGUCCACGGUCAGCAUCGAGGACGACGCUUUUGCUGACAGCAAACAGCUCAAGCUGCUCUUCCUGAGCCGGAACCACCUGAGCAGCAUCCCCUCAGGGCUGCCCCACACGCUGGAGGAGCUGCGGCUGGACGACAACCGCAUCUCCACCAUCCCACUGCAUGCCUUCAAGGGCCUCAACAGCCUGCGGCGCCUGGUGCUGGACGGCAACCUGCUGGCCAACCAACGCAUCGCCGACGACACCUUCAGCCGCCUGCAGAACCUCACAGAGCUGUCGCUGGUGCGCAACUCGCUGGCCGCCCCGCCCCUCAACCUGCCCAGUGCCCGCCUUCAGAAGCUCUACCUGCAGGACAAUGCCAUCAGCCACAUCCCCUACAACACCCUGGCCAAGAUGCGCGAGCUGGAGCGGCUGGACCUGUCCAACAACAACCUGACCACGCUGCCCCGUGGCCUGUUCGACGACCUGGGGAACCUGGCCCAGCUACUGCUCAGGAACAACCCCUGGUUCUGCGGCUGUAACCUCAUGUGGCUGCGGGACUGGGUGAAGGCGCGGGCAGCCGUGGUCAACGUGCGGGGCCUCAUGUGUCAGGGCCCUGAGAAGGUUCGGGGUAUGGCCAUCAAGGACAUCACCAACGAGAUGGACGAGUGCUUCGAGCCGGGGUCGCAGGGCGGCGCGGCCAACGCAGCUGCCAAGACCACAACCAGCAACCACGCCUUGGCCACCACGCCCCAGGGCUCGCUGUUCACCCUCAAGGCCAAGAGGCCAGGGCUGCGCCUCCCUGACUCCAACAUUGACUACCCCAUGGCCACGGGGGACGGCGCCAAGACCCUGGUCAUCCACGUGAAGCCCUUGACGGCAGACUCCAUCCGCAUCACAUGGAAGGCCACACUCCCCGCCUCCUCCUUCCGCCUCAGCUGGCUGCGCCUGGGCCACAGCCCGGCCGUGGGCUCCAUCACGGAAACUCUGGUGCAGGGGGACAAGACGGAGUACCUGCUGACGGCCCUGGAGCCCAAGUCCACCUAUAUCAUCUGCAUGGUCACCAUGGAGACCGGAAACACCUACGUGGCCGACGAGACCCCCGUGUGUGCCAAGGCAGAGACGGCCGACAGCUACGGCCCCACCACCACGCUCAACCAGGAGCAGAACGCAGUCCCUAUGGCAGGCCUGCCCCUGGCGGGCAUCGUGGGUGGCGCUGUGGCUCUCGUCUUCCUCUUCCUCAUCCUGGGGGCCAUCUGCUGGUAUGUGCACCGAGCCGGUGAGCUGCUGACGCGGGAGAGGGCCUACAACCGGGGCAGCAGGAAAAAGGACGACUAUAUGGAGUCAGGGACCAAGAAGGAUAACUCCAUCCUGGAAAUCCGCGGGCCCGGGUUACAGAUGCUGCCCAUCAACCCAUACCGUGCCAAGGAGGAGUACGUGGUCCACACCAUCUUCCCCUCCAACGGCAGCACCGUGAACCUGCGGAUGGCGAAACACCGCCACUCUGAGGUCCCAGCACUGGCCUCUGCCCAAGCGAGUGACUCCGUUUCCUCUCUCCAAGCCUUGCCUAGAGUGGAUGACAAGGGGCCGGACAGCUGA